GGAAGAAGGCUCUUAAUACUAAAAUAGGCCUGCGAUAAUACAACAAAACAUGAAAUAAAUUAAAAUUAGCAGAAUGUGGGACAUAUCCAAUAUGUCAACAACCAAAUUAAACAACCUCAGAGCUAUAGCUAUAUUUCGGCUGCCAUAAACCAGAUGUUCGCGAGCCCUGCUCCUCGUGUGACGUCAGCGCGAUGAGAGGGGUUUGCCCCUCGCGCAUUAGGAGGGAACUACAGGAUGAGAUGAGCUCGUGCCGCCGCCCAAUAGACACCCGCGAUCCGGAGCGCGAGCAGGAGCUGCAACCUCCUCCCAAUCAAGAGGCCGGAGUGCGAGCCUGUACCUGACCUCAAUUCGGAGACGGAUGCUUUAGGAACAAUCGGCAGACUGAGCAAGCGAGAGAGGAGAGAGUGUGGGACAGAGACGGAUAUUUGGGAUACAGCUGUCGCGCGUCCCGACUCUCGGUCUUGCAAUGGGAUGCACGUUAAGUGCAGAGGAGCGCGCGGCUCUGGACCGGAGCAAAGCGAUCGAGAAAAAUCUGAAGGAAGACGGAUUAAGCGCAGCCAAAGAAGUCAAAUUACUGCUGCUGGGCGGAGGGGAGUCGGGGAAGAGCACCAUCGUCAAACAGAUGAAGAUUAUCCACGAAGAUGGGUUCUCUGGAGACGACGUAAAGCAGUUUAAACCUGUGGUCUAUAGCAACACCAUUCAGAGUCUCGCCACCAUCUUGCGAGCAAUGGAAACUCUUGGUAUAGAGUACGCAAACAAGGACAGAAUUGCAGAUGCUAAGAUGGUAUUUGAUGUGGUCAGUCGUAUGGAAGACACAGAGCCAUAUUCAACAGAACUGCUGGCUGCCAUGAUCCAUCUGUGGAGUGAUGCUGGAACUCAAGCUUGCUUUAACCGCUCACGAGAGUAUCAGCUCAACGACUCUGCCCAAUAUUACCUAGACUGUUUGCAGCGCAUUGGAUCUCCAGAUUACCUCCCCACUGAACAGGAUAUUCUUCGAACCCGAGUCAAAACCACUGGCAUUGUUGAGACUAAUUUUUCCUUCAAGAACCUUAACUUUAGGCUGUUUGAUGUGGGGGGACAGAGAUCAGAGAGGAAAAAAUGGAUUCACUGCUUUGAGGAUGUGACAGCCAUUAUCUUCUGUGUGGCAAUGAGUGGAUAUGACCAAAUGCUCCAUGAAGACGAAACCACGAACCGUAUGCAUGAGUCUUUGAUGCUCUUUGACUCUAUAUGUAACAAUAAGUUCUUUGUUGACACGUCCAUCAUCCUUUUCCUUAAUAAGAAGGACCUUUUUGGAGAAAAGAUUGUGAAAUCUCCACUGACUAUCUGCUUCCCAGAAUACACAGGCCCAAAUACAUUCGAAGCGGCGGCGGGGUAUAUACAGGUUCAGUUUGAAAGUAAGAAUCGCUCCCCUAAUAAAGAGAUCUACUGUCAUCUAACCUGCGCUACAGACACAGGAAACAUCCAAGUGGUCUUUGAUGCUGUCACUGACAUCAUCAUCGCCAAUAACCUGCGUGGUUGUGGCCUCUACUGAGCUCCGACUCCGCUUGUUGCCCUUCCAAAUGGUAACAAGGGACUGAACUGACACCCCUGUGACUUUGGCCAAGGCACUCCCUUAUUCCAUUUCACUCUGUCAAUUUUUGUCUUUUGUUCAGAAUAUUUAUCCCUUAUUUUCCUUUAUAGUUUGUCAGUACAUUUUGCUGGAGUAAAUAACGUAUGGGUGCACAUGUAUAGUGUAAAGAUGAGCGUUUGGCCAGGCAUAGAUGCUUUAAGCAUGAGUGCAUGUGUGUGAGUGUAAGUCACAACGAGUGAGAGUGUUUGUCAGGUGAUGAUAACACACAAAGGUUCUCUGCUGUGUAAGAGACUUCCAAGUGCUGGCAUGAUCCUAAACUAAAACCAUCUCAAAAACCCGGAAGGAUCACUGACUCUUGCAGGCUUAAAAUCUAAAAAUAUUGAGUGACUGUGAGCAAGAUAUAUAGUGAAUCAUUUAGAAGAGCUGAAUGUCAUUUCAGAAACUGAAUGUUGUCCAGGGGCAGCUCUUUAAGCCAAAGUUGUUGGAGACCUGGCAUCGCCCCUCUUUGGGACUCUGCUCACUGGCUUCAGGCUGUGACAUAAAAUGCCUUUCAGCGAAUGAAGCCUCUUACAAAGUGUGAUGUUGACAACAUUCUCACUCAACAUGAGCACAAAUAGUUCCAAAUCUUUUCAGUUGUUUAUUUCUGUAUAAAUUAUUCUGUAGUUUAUUUAUUUAUAUAACUAUAGUGCAUGUAUUUACAUAUUUUGUAUCGCCCCCACACUUUGUGCACCCUAUCAGAGUCGGGCUAUGAAUACAAACAAACUAGCUUACAGACUUUAGAUGGAGAACAGCGUAAAUAUUAAGACAGUCAUUCAGAUUCAUAUAUAACUGAAUUGCUGAACGAAUGAGCUAUUGCUUCUUUUUAACUCACUCUCUUUAACUGAUGAUAUAAAGAUGUGUGAGAGUGUGUACAGAUGCGUGUGCGUGUGUGAUGCAUGCACACUCUUUAUUCAACCAUGACCUGUUACUUAACCCAGAUUUCUUUUCCUCUUUCUCUGCUGUGGAUGGAUUUUUUUGUUUGGUGCACUGAAUGUCCUCUUUCCUCCCUUGGGGUAAUACUGCACUGUAACUGCUGGGUUUAGUCUUCUGACCGACCAAUGAAAUGUUUACAUUAAAAAAGAAAACACUUUAGCACCAACUACUGGCUGUGUCCUGAUUUGUCCCUCCUUCAGCAUGGUUACUCUAGUUUAACCUGCAGCUAUCAAGAACUGGGCUGCGUAUAGGAUAGUUACAUAAAUACAUAAAAUAAGAUCAGUGUGAAAGAUGAGAAUAAUGCCAGGCUUUCCUAUUAUAUGUGUCUGAUGCCCACAUAAUACUGAGCGAGAUCCCAAGUCCAUCCAUCAGCGCGCUCACACAUAUGACGGUCCCACGUGAUUGUGACGCACAAACGAGCGAUUCCAUUUAUUUGUACCAGACAGAUUUUUCCACGAAAGCAUUAUACAUUCGUUGGAACCAAGGUGCCAAAAUGGACCAGUGUGACUGUUCUAAAUCUGGAUCUUGUAACUGCGGGCAAAACUGCAAAUGCACCAACUGCAAGUGCGCACAUAGCAAGAAAAGUUGCGGCAGUUGUCCAUCUGAAUGCAGUAAGGACAAGAAGGGCUGCGAGAGCGCGUGCAAGGACAAGGAGAAAUCUUGCGACACACACUGCUGCAAAUGAAAGUCUGUGAUAUGUGCUGUGACACUGUGUUCUACAAUAAUAAAAAAAUAUAAUUCUAUCGUGUA